GCAGCCUUGUCUUCUGCAAGGUUGCACAGGGCAGCACUCGUUUUGGAAAGUCCUUUGGUCUUGAAGACUCAGAAACCUGCUGUUAGCAUGAGAGUGUCCAUCUGUCAUCUCGUCCCAACCAAGCUCCCAGACAAAUAUACACAGAAUUCCAGUUAAUUUGUAAUGAGAAAAUUGCCUUUGAGACACAUGAGCCCAUAUGACCUGCUCAUUCAUGUCUAAAUGCUUCCGGGUUUUUGCUCCAUCCAUGCUUUCCCAUCGUGGAUCCCACUGCUCCCCCGUUAUGCCUCUGUUGUCAACUCUUGAGUUUCUUUAGCUUGAAUUCCCAUUUCCCAGAGCUGCUCAUCCAAAACUAUUACCUGAAGCCCAUUUUAAAUGCCCUCUUCAAAUUUCCUUUGAGCCCUUAAAUCCGAAAUAACCGCGUCCUCAGAACUGUAAGAGCCCAUUGUUCCUUAUACACCACUUUUCACUUUAUCUUUUUAAAAUAAUUAUUUGUGUGCAGGAAGCCAGAAGACCGUCUGCUUGAAACUCCAGAGAUGGAGACGGCCUGAUGCAGGUUACAGCUCUCAAAUAUUCGCUGUGAAAGAAUACCAGUGACAGACAGGGUGGUCUUGGGUGGGUCUCAGAGUUGUAGCCUGCCCACCAGUCGUACAGGGCCGUUCUUUUCCUUUAACCGGACUGUAAACUCCCUGAGAGUAAGUCUGAGUCAGUUUCGCUCUCCACUGCUUAUUCAGCUCCGGCACAGGGUGCAGAGUCAAGCAGAUGCUCAGUAAAUGUUAAAAGAGUUAAUCAAAAAGGGAAGAAAUGAUUGAAUGAAUGAGUCGAUAACUCACCUAUUCUUCCACCGAUGCGUCGGUCGGACAGGUAAUUAACGGAAUUAGCAGCGGCCCAACGGGAUUCCGAGGACUCCGCAGCUCUGGACCACCCUCUGCAGCCCGAGCAAGGGCGGGGCGCCGCGUAAUCCCGCCCAUGCGAAGGCGGGGCUCCCCGAGAAUCCCGCCUACAAAGAGGCGGGUCGUACCUGGAAUCCCGCCCUCCCUGAGGCGGGGCCUGUGGCGCGCGGGAAGAAGCGUAAGCGGCGGCGGGAGCUGGCUGUGCAGCCGACUGACCGCGUCCCUGCAGCUUUCCUCUGUCUUUGGGUAAAGAACGGUGCCCGACGGAUUUGUGUUGCUCCAUCAAGACUCGGGAGGAUGAAAGUCAUUACCUGCGAAAUAGCCUGGCACAACAAGGAGCCGGUGUAUAGCCUGGACUUCCAGCAUGGCACCGCCGGGAGGAUCCACAGACUGGCGUCGGCCGGUGUAGACACGGCGGUUAGGAUCUGGAAGGUGGAAAAAGGACCCGAUGGAAAGGCCAUUGUUGAAUUUUUGUCCAAUCUUGCCCGCCAUACCAAAGCUGUCAAUGUCGUGCGUUUUUCUCCGAAUGGGGAAAUUUUAGCAUCAGGAGGAGAUGAUGCCGUCAUCCUGUUGUGGAAGGUGAAUGAUAAUAAGGAGCCAGAACAGAUUGCUUUUCAGGAUGAUGAUGAGGCCCAGCUGAACAAGGAGAAUUGGACUGUCGUAAAAACCCUGAGAGGCCACUUGGAAGAUGUGUACGAUAUUUGCUGGGCAACUGACGGGAAUCUAAUGGCUUCUGCCUCUGUGGAUAACACGGCCAUCAUAUGGGAUGUCAGUAAAGGACAGAAGAUCUCUAUCUUUAAUGAACAUAAAAGUUACGUCCAAGGAGUAACCUGGGACCCCUUGGGUCAGUAUGUUGCCACCCUGAGCUGUGACAGGAUCCUCAGGGUGUACAGCACCCAGAAGAAACGUGUGGCUUUUAAUGUCUCAAAGAUGCUGUCUGGAAUAGGGGCCGAAGGAGAGGUCAGAAGUUACCGGAUGUUUCACGACGACAGCAUGAAGUCAUUCUUCCGUAGACUCAGUUUUACCCCUGAUGGGUCUUUGCUCCUCACACCAGCUGGAUGUGUGGAGUCUGGAGAAAAUGUAACAAAUACCACCUAUGUUUUCUCCAGGAAGAAUCUUAAAAGGCCCAUCGCUCACCUUCCCUGUCCUGGCAAAGCGACGCUUGCAGUUCGCUGCUGUCCCGUCUACUUUGAGUUGAGGCCGGUGGUGGAAACAGACAGAGCGUCACAGGAGCCGGGCACGGAGCUGGUGCACCUGCCCUACCGCCUGGUGUUUGCUGUGGCUUCUGAAGACUCUGUGCUCUUGUAUGACACCCAGCAACCGUUCCCUUUUGGCUACGUGUCUAACAUACAUUACCACACCCUGAGUGAUGUCUCCUGGUCCAGCGAUGGGGCCUUCCUGGCCAUUUCUUCCACGGAUGGCUACUGUUCGUUUGUGACAUUCGAGAAGGAUGAACUUGGAACACCUUUGAAAGAGAAGCCGGUUUUAAGCGUGGGAACUCCCGAUACAGCAAAGAAAACGAAGAGUCAGCCACACCAGGGGUCUUCGCCAGGCCCCAGGCUGGUAGAGGGGACCCCCAGCAGCCCCUGCACACCCCCGCCUCAGGCAAGACCAUCUCCAGCCCCAGCAGCGCCUUCCGAGGAGAAGAAGGCCCUGCAGCCCAGCACGCAGAAUCCCAAAGCACCCCCAUCCCGGAGGGUCACUCUGAACACGCUGCAGGCCUGGAGCAAGACAACACCCCGGAGGAUAAAUUUACUACCCUUAAAGACAGAGACUCCACCAAAUUCUGUACCAAUUAGUAUAAUCUCCACCCCUUCCACAGAAGAAACUGAACCAGGGACGCCCGGGGACCCUCAGGACAGUCCUCUGGAGCCCAAGCGGCCUCGGCUUGGUGAACACAAAGGAAGUUCCCAAGGUCUGGAGCCUUGAGGAGAUCUGUCUGCUGUUCGAAGGCUGCCAGGUCUGGGGACCCCCGUGCACAGAGAGGGGGGGCUAGGCCGGGGACACCGGAGACCAGUGGCAAUAGGCGGAGCCUGAUGGAUACUCGUGAAUUGUUUACUGUAACAGAAGAUACACAUGGACCAGUUUUUCUCCAGAACUAUGUCUGCACUUGUAUUCAAGACACAUGCUUACCUCGGAGCAGUGAACGUUUUCAUAGACCGGAUCUUCUUUUGAGUUUCUGAAACUGGAGCGGUUCAGCCUUGUCUAGUGUGGAACAGGGAGCCCGUCCUUGAAACACAGGGAAAGUGCAGACGCUUUGCGAGCAGACCCUUCCCAAAGCUGGCAUGAGAGAGGAGAAAGUUAUUUGAGAAGGUUUAUUCUGAUGUUCCCUUCUGAAUAGUUGGUUUUUAGGAGUUAGUUUCCUUUCUGACUGUAAAGGUAAUAAAAAUGCUUGUGCUGGAAAGCUAGCGAGAAUAAAGUAGGAAAAACGGGUCCGAGAUGGGACUCUGCCACCCUCUUCCUGCUGGAAGGAACCAUGUUGCUAUGUUGGCAUAUUUAUUUAUUUUUUUUCCCCAGGGAGCGAGUGGAGAUUUCCCUUUAGAGUUUGGUAUCCAAAUAGGUUAACUUUUCAGAUUGAUUUUUCAGAAUAAAAGAACUUUUCCUGA